GACUCUUCAACUCAGCGACUCUCAUACCGACACAAAAUGUCUCUCCCAACAGUUGAGGAGGUUCAGACCGCCAUCCUCAACGCCCUCGACGCCUCCGGAACCAUCAAUGACUCGCGCCAGCUGAGCGUCGGAGCGACCUCGCUCGCCAGCCCCCAGGGCCAGGCCGUCGUCAAAGCCGCUCUGGACUCGCUCUUGAGCAAGGAGAUGGCCGAGUACACCCAGAUCACCAACAACCUCUGGGCAUUGACCGAGGAGGGCAACCAGAUUGCCGAGACGGGUUCGCACGAGUACCGUGUCUGGUCGGCAUUGCCAGCGGCGGGACAGCCUGGCCUCAGCGUCAAGGACCUCACGGACAAGGUGGGUGCCGAGACUGUCAAGGUCGGACAGGGACGCGCUUUCAAGAGCAAGUGGAUCGCCAAGGAUGCCACUGGUGGUUUUGUUCAGGCUGCUGACGGCGCAAAGGUCGAGGCACCAGUCGACGAGACGGCCGAGCAGCUCAGGUCGAUCAGGAGCACUGGCACCGCCGGUGACGCCGUGCUCAAGGAGCUCCAGAAGCGCAAGCUUGUGCAGACUCGCAAGCAGAUCCACUACUCGGCCAAGAAGGGCUCUCAGUUCGCGCUCGAGGUCAAGACGCUCGAGACGGACCUGACUGUCGAGAUGCUGACCUCUGGAGCAUGGAAGGACGCCUCGUUCAAGCAGUACAACUUUGCCGCCAAGGGCGAGCCUACCGACGGCGGUGCCCUCCACCCCCUUCUCAAGGUUCGCGAGGAGUUCCGCCAGAUCUUCUUCGACAUGGGCUUCACCGAGAUGCCUGCCAACCGCUUCGUCGAGACGGCCUUCUGGAACUUCGACGCCAUGUUCGUUCCCCAGCAGCACCCUGCUCGUGAGCUGCAGGACACUUUCUACUUGAAAAGCCCCGCAAAGGCUCUCCAGCCCCCUGCCGACUACUACGAGCGUGUCCGCAAGACGCACGAGGUCGGAGGCUACGGUUCGAUCGGCUACCGCGCACCGUUCUCGCGCGAGGAGAGCGAAAAGCUCCUUCUCCGUACCCACACCACCGCCGUGUCCACGGCCAUGCUCUACGAGCUCGCCAACCAGCCCGGCGGCUUCAAGCCUGCCAAGCUCUUCUCGAUCGACCGCGUGUUCCGUAACGAGGCGACCGACGCGACCCACCUUGCCGAGUUCCACCAGGUCGAGGGUGUCGUCGCCGACUACGACAUUACGCUCGGCCACCUCAUCGGCUUCAUGCAGGAGUUCUUCGGCCGCAUGGGCAACAAGACGCUCCGCUUCAAGCCCGCGUACAACCCGUACACCGAGCCCUCGAUGGAGAUCUUCUCAUGGCACGAGGGCCUGGGCAAGUGGAUCGAGAUUGGUAACUCCGGCGUCUUCCGACCCGAGAUGCUCGAGCCCAUGGGCCUCCCCAAGGGCGUCCGCGUCCUCGGCUGGGGCUUCUCGCUCGAGCGCCCAACCAUGAUCAAGUACAAGAUCCAGGACAUCCGCACGCUUGUCGGCCACAAGACCGACCUCGGCGCCGUCAAGACGCGCCCGGCUGUCCGUCUCGAGAAGCAGGACGACUAGAUUAGGAUGAUGUGAGAUGAGAUGAUAUCGAGCUAGACCAUCAUUACAUGCAGGCAUGCUGCGAG